UCUUCUUCCUCAGCUCACGAAACAAAACGAUAAGUGAUCUCCUCUAUACAGGAUUGGACUUAUAUACUUACAUAAACAUAACAUCAAAAGCCAUGUCGUAUUCAAGAUCGAUACGAUCAUUGGAGAUUGAGUUAAUAUCAGCGGAAGGACUCAAGGUAAAUCGAAAACCGGUGAAGAGGAAGACAUUCGGCGUGGUCAGAAUAGACCAAGAGAUUCAGAAGUGCAAGGUGGACGAACAGGGUGGGAGCUAUCCUAUUUGGCAACAUAGAAUCAAGACGGAGAUGGCGACAGACGGGAGUGUGAGAUUUAUCACCGUCGAGGUUUGUUAUAAAACAAGCGGCGGGGCCGAUAAGAAUGUUGGAGUCGCCAAGAUUCCGGUGACGGAUUUCAUGGGAGGGUUUGCUCCUCAGGGGCAUUUGAAUUUCUUGAGUUAUAGGUUGAGAGAUGAGUAUGGAGACAAGAGUGGUAUCAUUAAUGUUUCGAUAAUGGUGAAACCUGACGUUAACGAUGUUAAAUAUUCGUCGCCAUCGCCUUUGAUGGUGCCUUCGUUGGGUUAUACGGCGUGUUCUUCUCAGGCUGCGGCGGCGGUGAAUGGUCAAAUGUGGAGUAGACCAAGGACUUCUUCAUCAAUGGCUAUUAAUAUUGGUUAUGGCGGUCGUGUAGUAACCGGUUUUCCUGUUAACUGGGGGGCGUAUCAACGGCCGACUUGAUUCUUUUCUUUCUACACGUUUGUCUGAAGACUCUGAACAGAUAAUUCUUCAUAUUGUUUUAGCUAUUUAUUAUUCUUGAAAUUGGGGUUCUGGGUGAAAAAAUACGUUUCAUAAAUCAUGAAAUAUGAUAAAUUUAUUAUUUAUGAAAUAAAUAAAAAAGGUUCAUUUUAUC